GCCAAUUGGUCAUGCCAAAUCCCGAGUAGGCGCUCUGGCAGCGUCGGGCGGCCACCGUAUGCGGUUUUCUCAGGUGAACAACUCAUGGAGAACAGCAAUGCAAUGAUGAAGGUUGUGAUUUCAUGUAGGAAGGAAUCAAUGUAAUGAUUUCCAUCUUCACUCUGCGGAUCAUAGUCAUGUUCCGUCUGCGGGUCGAAGUGCAUCACCUACCUGGUGGUGCAUUGGAUCUGAUGUACAUCUAUUUCUUGCUCAAGACCACAGCAUAACUGAAAAGCAUCUGAUCGUGCGGCGACCAUACUAACCUGCAUCUGGCAGGCAAACGAGAGUUGUGAGUGUACUCGGCACAGAAAAUCUAAAGGGCAGGCAAAGGAGAGUUGUGAGUGAGCUGAGCACAGAAGAUUUGAAGAAGGUCCCAUCUUUGCUCGAAGGGAGUCUAAUCUUCGAUGUUAGUCAAGCUUCCUUGGGGGCCAGGUUGCAUCUGUUUAUUUCUAGUUCAAACUCGAGGUUCAACUUCGUUCUGCGAUUUUGUCUAAGAACUUGGUGGGAGGAGUUGAGGGUUCCAUUUUCACUCUAAACUUCUAAAGUCCAGAUUAAGCCAGGUGGCGAGCAACCCACGGAAACUCGCUGGGUCAAGACGUAUAGCACAGAUUGAGAGAUUGAGACAUCUUCAAGGCUCCGAGCCUCUUUCGUUAACGAAGAGAAAAGGCGGCCUGCUGUGCUGGUGCUGUAUAUCUCUGGCGUAUCUGCACUCUCUUUUUUCAAGUUUUUGUUCAAAAUUCUUUCUUUUUCAAAAUUCACGGCGCAAUUCUGAAGGCACUGGCCUGGCGAAUGUUUGCCGUCUCACAUCCGCUGUGCAGGCAUCUGUGGUAAGGGACGUUGCAAUUUUGCCCGGCAAGGAUUUUUUGGGGUUGAUCUGGCCUCUGAGCUUUGCAGUAAGACUCGGACACCUGGCCAGGCAUGUGCACAGCAUCAGCAGCACAUCCGCAGAGUCUUUCUUCCUCGUUCGAAGUUUGAAGUCAUCUUGUAUCUGUAGAUAGAUUGAGGAGGGUUCAGGGUCAACUAGAUUGUCUCCUCUCCUCUGCGUGCACGCUGGUAGCAUAGUAGGCAGUAACUUCCACGCAAUCAAGCAUGUCUUUUCUGAGGAGAAGGCAUGUGUUGAUUGGUGGACAUGGUCUAUCAAGAGAUCCUUUCCGCGGAACCUUGACACAAAGGAAGUUCUUUGUCGUGUUGUUGAUGAGUGUGACGACUUCAUUUGUUGCUGUAGCGGUAGGCACGGCUAUAUUCAAAAAUGCCUUCAGUCAUAGGCUGGCUCAUCGAGGUUUCGUGCAUUUUGUGUCCUUCAAGAAGCCAUGCGAAGCAGCGGCGGCACCGCCUACUUCGGUGGCCACAGUGCAGCUCCUUGCCGAUUUGAUCAUAGCCCUGGCCUAUUUUUCCAUUCCUGUUGAGCUAAUCUAUUUCUACUUGAAGGCGCCCACCUUGCCGGUCACUGCCCGCGUCCUUCUCUGGUUAUUUGCCAGUUUCAUCGUGCUUUGCGGGAUGACCCACUUCAUCGCCGCCUGGACGUACGAAGAUCAUUCGCCAUUGCUGCGGUUUGCAGCUACAGUGGUCAAGGCCACAAGCGCAGCGGUGUCGAUGCUCACAGCUGUGGUGGUCGUUUUCGCCGCUCCGUCAUUGUUGUAUAUGAAAAUACAAGAGGUUUUUCUGAGAAACACCACAAGCAACCUGAACACUGAGGUGGAGCUUGCGCGAGUGGAGGCAGAAUUGGCCCGCAUUCUGAGGAUACUAACCGAACACAUCAGCCACUCCCUUGACCGGGACAUCAUCAUUGACACCACGUUGACCGAGCUCACGAAAGCACUCUCUCUCACUGAAUGUAUGGUCUUGAUGCCAUCCCCAGGAAGCAACGAUCUCUUCAUGACGCAUGCAGCGAAUACAAAGUUUGAUGGUGUCCACAAGCCCCUCAAACCCGGGGUUAGUUUAUCAGAUGAUGUGGUUCAGAAAGUCAUGGUAGCCACUGACGGGCCGAGAGUGAUCGCAGUCCGGGAGAGUGCAGCUAUAGGAGAUGUCCUAACGGGUUGUCACCACCGGAUGAGUGAGAAAGAUACGAUAGUCGCCAUGCCUUUGCAUGUUCCAGUUGGCAACGACCUCCCAAUGUCCUCUGUAUUUGACAAUGUGGAGAAGACGGAUGCCGAUAGUGCGUGUGAAGCCGUCUUGCAUCGGGCGCAAGGUGAAGAGGAAUUGGAAGCGGGGCCUGCUGUGGCAGAUUCAACAAAUAGUGGGAGCAGCUAUGGUGAACCCAUGGACUCCCCGAAAGGUAUCUUGGUGCUUCUGUUACCCGGAGAACGCGUGCAGUGUUGGAAAACGCACGGACUGUUGAUGAUCGAGAUGGUGGCAGACCGGCUGGGCGUUGCCCUUUCGCAUGCUGCCAAACUGGAGCUGUGUGAACAAAACUUGCAGCAGCUGGCAGAGACAUGGCAUGCACUGCAUAAAACUCAAAGAGAGACGAAGGCGGUCAUCGAUGCACACAACGACUUCAUCAGCGUGAUGAAUCAUGAGCUGAGGACACCUCUCCACGCAAUCACCAACGUUCUGUCCUUUCUCGAGGAAGAAGUCGAUCUUAUACCGGAGGUCAAGACGCUGGUGAGAGCUGUGGCCAAGAGCUCCAAGUCUCUCUACAGUGUCGCGGAUAAGGUUUUGGAUUUUUCUCUGCUGUGCCAUGGAAUGCUUGGCCUUCACAUUCGGCCUUUCGACUUUGAGGAGUUGUUGGUUGAUGUGAAGGCACAGGUGAAGCCUCUAGGCAAGGACAAACAUGUGACCAUCGGUUGGUUGGUUGGGGAUGACGUUUCGGGAAUCGUGGUAGGGGAUCGACUUCGCAUCAUUCAGAUCUUCAGGCACCUGGUGGACAAUGCCUGCAAGUUCGCAGAGAACGGACGAGUUGUGUUAUGUGUGUCGCUCAUCAAGUUAUCAGGCUUGGAAUUGCAAGGCGAAGCUUUGGAUUUCCAGGAUGAAGAAGAGGACGAUAGAAAAGAACACCAGCAGCAGGAUGUCCUUGCCUCGAUCGCUAAUGCCGCCAUGUCCGGUCCAUGUGAAGAUGUUAUUGUGGAACACAAGAUCUCAGGGAACAAUAUUUCUAGAUUCAGUCCAUGGCAUUUCCACAGAGGAGGAGAGGCUACAGACCCAGAGCUGCAGACAGCUGUGCAGAGAGGUGGUCCAAUCCAGCUCUCCGUGCAGAUUCGGGAUAACGGUGUUGGCUUGGACCCGUCUGAGUUGCCGCACAUCUUCAAGAAGUAUGUGGAAGUGGAGGCGCUAACAGACAACAAGCGCUCUGCUACGGCAGGAAUAGGACUAGGGUUGUCAAUCUGCAAGCGCCUUUGUGACAUGCAUUGGGGCGGAAUCACCAUCCAAAGUGACGGGGUUGGCUUGGGAACCACUGUGACAUUCAGUGUUCUGCUAGGAGGGUCAGAAACCGGCCGCAGCAACAGCGACUCCGAGAAAGCGCUUUUGAACCGGGGAUUGGGCCGCACGAAAUCAGAAUGUGACUUAAUGCAUCGAUUGCAUGGUGUCAGGGUCCUUGUGUGUGAUGACAAUGCGGUCAACAGGAUGAUCGCUAAGGGUCUCGUUAAGUCACUAGGAUGUGAAGUCGACACAGUCUGCUCAGGAAAUGAAUGCGUCGGGCGUCUGCAAAGGCAUGGCCAUGGCUAUCAUCUGCUUCUGCUAGAUCUGUGCAUGCCAGAGAUGGAUGGCUUCGAAGUCGCUCUGCAACUCCGUGACACGUUUCCAUCUCGUGAACGGCCUCUGAUCGUGGCAUUCACUGCCUUACCAGAACGAGAAACAAAGGCCCGUUGCUUGAGCCUCGGGAUGGCAGACGUGAUCACCAAACCCAUCUCCCGCCAUGAUCUUGGCAAGCGUAUCUGUGCCUUACUUGGUCUCUGAGCUGAGGCAGCUUGUUUAUGGGUAGGUUGGACGAAGCCUGGUCGGCUCUUCUUUAAACU